AUGGACCUGCCUCUGGGUCCUGUGGACGAUGAGAAAGCCGAUCCAACCUGGGACGCCGACGGGAGUCACUGGUCGACGAGCUCCGACGACGAGGAGGAGUCGGUGACGGCGAUUGACGAUCUCCCUCGUGUGUCUGGCACUGGUUCAUUAGCGACGGCGACUCAUGUCCGAGUUGAGUUGUCGAAUCGGCCACACCUCGCAUUAUUUAAUAAAGCUGCUGGUGCGCCAAAGAUGGAAGCCCGGGGCAAUAUAAAACAUGAGCCGCUGGAACCAGCUCGGGCGCAGAGUAGUGAUUCUGAUGACAGCUCGUUGGCGUCCAUUCCUGCCAUAGCUCGCCUUAAGGAAACGCCUGUUCCGCUACCACCUACAGUUGCGGCAGCUGGUCAGUUGCCAGCAUCUGUUUCCAGUCAACCACGACUAGCCGGUGUCCCAUCUACUACACCUCGUGCACCUCCAGCGCCUCGUGCAUCGGGACCUGCCUCUACACCUACGCCAGUUCCGCUUCCACCAACCGUGAUGCAAAACGCCUCCGCGCCCCAGGUUUCUGGGCAAACGCCAUCCAGCUCUGCUCCCGCUACCAGCCUGCCGGAUUCGAGAAAGCCAGCCGCAACUUCUAGCACACCAAGCAGCGGACUGGGGGGAUCGCUCCAUCUUCCUUUCACAAACGAAAAGAUUGAACCGACUUUGCCACAUGGAGCACAUAGUACAGCUACGCCGCGCAAAAGAUACCCCGUGCCAAUGGAGAUUGCCGCGGAUGGCAGGCCAUACACUGUCUAUGUUCAACCUAAUGGGAAAUCGGUGCCAACGAAAGGAGUCUUGAUCCCAGCUGGGUAUGAAUUGCAUAGUGACCCUCAGCUUCCGUUUAGCUGCCCUGUUAGAGGAUGCCAGCGCAGGUUCAAGAACCUAGCUGCGCUGUCCGGCCAUUUUGGUUCGUCCCACAGCAAUAUGACGUUCAACGACAAUGGAGAUGGAAGCAUAUCGAAAUUUGGUAAUUACAGGAAUCCCUCAGGAAGGUCGCCAGGUAUUGUUGUAGCACAGGUCCCAUUUCCCCGUGCAACCCAUCCGGCUCUUAAACGGGGUCUUGGCGAAGACGGUGCUGGGCCGAGUAAACGCCAAUUAGAGGAGUCGGAUGCGGGUCAGGAUAGGAAACGACGUGCCAUGUCAGAGGAUCGUGAACACAAUCAAACUACUCAGUUUGAAACGGAUGUAUCCAAAUACAUGGCGACAGUUCAUUCUGGUUUCAGGACGGCUAACCGACGCGAUAUAUCAAGGAUGCUCGCGCUGCCUCGAAAAAGAGAUUUGCCCGAGGAGUUUUUAGACAAACACACAUACACAGAUCUGGCUGCUCAAACAUAUGCCUGCGCGGUAGCUUAUGUCGUUGGGGAUGAAGUUUCCGGCCGGUCGGCUUGUCACGCAGCUACAGGGCCCCUCGCAUGUUUAUCGAAACAAUGCAUCGUGUUACCCAAGUCGAUACAGUUGGACCCGAAGAUAGUCAGGAUCUUCACUCCCCACCACAGAUGCGUUGGAUGUGCAUAUUUGGCCCUCAUGACGAGUGCACCAGAUCGAUGUGAGCUGAGGACAGAACCAAGCAACGCAGGCAGUGGCGACAAAGUAGUACCGACGUCAUCGGGACGCCCACUACCCGAUGUGCCUACUCUGCGGUCAUCACAACCAGCACCACAGCAAGAACAACAAUCCUCGCCGAUGCCGUCUGGACAGGGUACAGAGCAGACUCCCAGCCGACGGCCUGUGAGGCAAAGUGUCCUUAACCGACUGCAGAUGGACAAGGAUCAGGCGGCGCGGCCCAAAAGCAAAUCGCCAACCGAGCAGCCUAGCACACAGGUUAACCGACCACAGACAGACAGGGAUCAGACGGCUCGAUCCCAAAGCAAAUCGCCAACUGAGCAGCCUGGUACACAGCUUAACCAUACAGACAAGGAUCAGGUUGCUCGGCCCCAAAGCAAAUCGCCAACUGAGCAGCAUAGUAGUACACGGCUGGAACGCGGGACACUACCCAUCAAGCACCACGGACAAUUUGGCACACCAGAAUAUGAAAUGGAAGACUGGGAAAUUGCACCUGGUCGAGUUACAAACGAGGACGCUUCUCGAAAUAUAGCAUACUCUGGUGCCUUUCUCACUUCGUCUACGCCCAUUACAAUAUCACAUGAUAUUGACUUUAAUAUCCUCACGAUACGGCCGGGACAAAUCUUUAAUGUCCCUGUACAAAAGGGCAAGAUUCAAGUUUUCUCUGUGGCGUCGGGGAAGCUCAAGGUCACAACGGGUGGCAAAGUGGUACAGUUAGGUCCCAACGGGGUGUUCCCCGUGCGGCCAGGCGAGAAAUGCGUUAUUGAGAAUCGGAUAUAUUUUGAGGCCGUGGUUCAUUGCACGACGGUAAAGGAUUACGAGUUGGCGUAA